AGCGACGACUCUUCUGCGCGCACGGCUGCAGCUCCACGUCUGAAGGGGGAAGCGGCUGCGAUGCGCUCCGGCGGGGACAAGUUGGAAUAAAGGGGGAGAAACGGCUCCGGUCCGACGGGGGAGAGAGGGAGGUUUUCCCCGCUGACAAGCAUGACUGACUGGUGACAAAGGAACCGGGGAGCCCCCCUUUGCAUGGCUGCGCCUGGCACCCGCUAGAACUUGGUGUCAUUUUUGUAUUUGGAGAGGCUCGUUUUCCCGUGCGCAGCCAAAUAUUUCCAUCCUUCCCUGUGUUUUUCUUCUGGAGGAGCACCAUGCCGGUCCGGAGGGGUCAUGUUGCGCCACAAAACACCUUCCUGGGAGUAAUUAUUCGUAAAUUCGAGGGACAAAAUAAGAAAUUCCUCAUAGCCAAUGCCCGGGUGCAGAACUGCGCCAUCAUCUACUGUAAUGACGGCUUCUGUGAGAUGACGGGCUUCUCCCGGCCGGACGUCAUGCAGAAGCCGUGCACGUGCGACUUCCUGCACGGCCAGUUGACCAGCCGGCACUCUGUGGCCCAAGUGGCCCAGGCGCUGCUGGGCUCAGAAGAGCGCAAGGUGGAGAUCACCUACCACCGAAAGGAUGGUUCAAACUUCCUGUGCGCCACCCACAUCAUCCCAGUGAAGAGCGAGGGGGGCGUGGUCAUGAUGUUCAUCCUCAACUUCGAUUACAUCCUGGAGGAGGGCAGCAGCGACUCGCUGGAGAAACUCAACCACACCUCGCCGUCCAAAGCUGAGCAGCGGAAAGGAAGAUUCUUUCGCUUCCGUUUCCCGGCCCUACCUCUCCUGGGCAUCAGCAAGCAGUCCCUGCCCCAGGAAGACCCCGACGCCGUCUUGGUGGACUCCCCUCGCCACAGUGACGGCUCGGUGGCGACGCACGACUACCAGCUCCCCACCACCCGAGAGAGCUGCAGCCCCUCCUACGCUAAUGACACCCGGGCCCUCAUCGCCCCCAGCCACUGCUCCACCCCUGUGUCCGGGCCUUUGGACCACUCGUCGCCCAAGGGCCCCUGGGACAGGAUGUACCAGGACCGGGCCAUCACCCAGAACCAACACCUGAACCAGGAGGACACGUUUAACGCUGUCCCGUCAAUCCCAGGCCUCACGCCCACCGCCUCCAGAGAGAGCGUGUGCAGUAUUCGCAGAGCCUCGUCCGAGCAUGACAUGGAAGGCUUUGGGGCCAACUCCAAGAUGGCGUUCAGAGACAGACAUGCCAGUGAAGACAACGGUCGCAACCUCAAAGGCCCGCUGAGCCAGAUCAAAUCCAGCCUGCUCGGCUCCACCUCUGAGUCCAACAUCAACAAGUACAGCACCAUCAACAAGAUCCCGCUCAUCACGCUCAACUUCUCCGAGGCCAACAACGAGAAGAAGUGCCCCUCGUCGCCGUCCUCCGAGAAAACCAUCAUCGCCCCGAAAGUCAAGGACCGCACGCACAACGUCACAGACAAGGUCACGCAGGUUCUGUCUCUGGGUGCAGACGUUCUCCCCGAGUACAAGCUCCAGACGACACGCAUCGACAAGUGGACCAUCCUCCACUACAGCCCCUUCAAGGCCGUGUGGGACUGGCUCAUCCUGCUGCUGGUCAUCUACACGGCCAUUUUCACGCCCUACUCCGCCGCCUUCCUCCUCAACGACAUCGAGGAGCAGAGGAGGCGGGAGUGCGGCUACUCCUGCUCGCCGCUGAACGUGGUGGACCUGAUUGUGGACAUCAUGUUCAUCGUGGACAUCCUCAUCAACUUCAGGACCACUUACGUCAACAUCAACGAGGAGGUGGUGAGCCACCCGGCCAAGAUCGCCAUCCACUACUUUAAAGGCUGGUUCCUCAUAGACAUGGUGGCCGCCAUCCCCUUUGACCUGCUCAUCUUCGGCUCAGGGUCAGAUGAGACCACCACUCUGAUUGGUCUGCUGAAGACGGCCCGUCUCUUGCGGCUGGUGCGUGUUGCCCGCAAGUUGGACCGCUACUCAGAGUACGGCGCCGCUGUCCUCAUGCUGCUCAUGUGCAUCUUCGCCCUCAUCGCCCACUGGCUGGCCUGCAUCUGGUACGCCAUCGGUAACGUGGAGAAGCCGUACCUCGAGCACAAGAUCGGAUGGCUGGACAACCUGGGGGUGUCCAUAGGAAAAAUGUACAACUACAGUGAUCCCAGCUCAGGUCCCUCCAUCAAAGAUAAGUACGUCACAGCGCUCUAUUUCACCUUCAGCAGUCUGACCAGUGUGGGCUUUGGGAACGUCUCCCCCAACACCAACUCUGAGAAGAUCUUCUCCAUCUGCGUCAUGCUCAUUGGAUCUCUAAUGUACGCCAGCAUCUUUGGGAACGUGUCCGCCAUCAUCCAGCGGUUGUACUCGGGCACAGCCAGGUAUCACCUCCAGAUGCUCCGGGUCAAAGAGUUCAUCCGCUUCCACCAGAUCCCCAACCCGCUGCGGCAGCGGCUGGAGGAGUACUUCCAACACGCCUGGACAUACACCAACGGCAUUGACAUGAAUAUGGUCCUGAAGGGUUUCCCCGAGUGCCUGCAGGCGGAUAUCUGCCUCCACCUCAACACAAACCUCCUCCAGGGCUGUAAGGCGUUCCGCGGGGCCACCAAGGGCUGCCUCCGGGCGCUGGCCAUGCGGUUCAAGACCACCCACGCGCCCCCUGGAGACACCUUGGUCCACAGUGGAGACGUGCUCACCGCGCUUUACUUUGUCUCGCGUGGCUCCAUCGAAAUCCUAAAAGAUGACGUGGUGGUGGCCAUCCUUGGUAAGAACGAUAUCUUCGGCGAGAUGAUCCACCUGUUCGCCAAGCCGGGGAAAUCCUGCGCUGACGUGCGGGCGCUGAGCUACUGCGACCUCCACACCAUCCAGAGGGAGGAGAUCCUCGAGGUGCUGGACAUGUACCCGGAGUUCGCCGACCACUUCCUCACUAACCUGGAGCUGACCUUUGACCUCCGGGACGAAACCACCAAGACAUCACACCCACAAGCAGCUGAGUCCAACAUGGAUGGAAUGAAGUGUGGCAGACAAGCAUCCUACAAAAGGAAGUCGUCCACAGGCUCCCACAGCAAGGAGCCGGUGGCCACCUACUGCGACGCCAAGCAGGGGAAGCAGAGCUAUGCCUCCUCAGCAGCCGAGGAGAAGAGGGAGUCUGCCGAAGAGGCUGAGGAGCAGGAGGAGGAGGAGGAGGAGGAGGAGGAAGGCAGAGAGGAGGAAGAGGAGCAGAGGCCGUUGUGUUCUGGUGUGCUGGGCUACCCUGUAGUCAGGGACCACUCCCUGGGCUUCGGGCUGAGCAACGCUCCGGAUGCACCGGCUGGAGACAACACACAGGACCGGGGCUAUAAAGAUACAGAUGAGUGGGUGCGUCAGCGUCCCAGAGAGAAAGCUGAGGAGCCCGCCCAGUGUCAGGAGACGCCAGCCGGGGAGGACGACAGCGACACAGACCUCACCUACGGAGAGGUGGAGCAACGGCUGGACCAGCUGCAGCAGCAUCUCAACAGGCUGGAGUCCCAGAUGACUGCAGACAUCCAAGCCAUCCUGCAGCUCCUCCAGAGACAAACCACGGCCGGGCCUCCAGCCUACAGCACCGUCACCUCCAGCCCAGAGUACCAGAGACCAGCUGUCAGGGUCCAGCCGCUGUGUGCCAUCCCGACAGAGCUAAGCCUCGGCCCUGCUCCGCCUCUGCCACAGAACCCCGGCCCAGAGGCCACCCAGAACCAAUCCAAAGAAUCCUCCCCAGUCCUCCUGCACACAGAGACUCUUCCAGAUGAGAACUUUGGUGGCCUGCUCGACAGCAACAUAGACUCGGAGCAGAAACUCAAGACAAGUGACGCACCCUCUCUAGAGCAACGUCACCAACACCAUCAAGAGCCACCACGGCUUCCGGCAGGCCGACAAGCCUCUUUACCAGACGUCCCCAGCAGCUCAGGAAUGUUGGGACUCCACAGGCCAGUUUCUGACCCGGGGCUUCCAGGAAAGUAGGCCUCGGCCCCCGACCUCUCGACACUGACGGAAGGUCUUCUAUCAAGCUCGACUCAGGGUCUAAGAAAGAGACUGAAUAUGCAAAGGAAAACAAACUGUUGACUUUCUUCCAUUCCUUUUCGGAAACACUCCCAGGCCUAACGCUCCUUCCUAUUCUCUGAUUUAGAUGUAUAAAGUCCAUUUAUACAGAGGUAUUUAUACACUAUAUUAUUAGCAUUAUGUAAAGUCAUCAUCUGCUUUGUACAUACUUCCAAUAGAACACUGCCAGCAACACAUGGCACCCAAUGUGCUUUUUACAUGCAUGUUUCAGUUCCUCAUGUUUUCUUUUCUUUUCUGUUGCAUGUUCCUCACACACGCUUCGACCCACCGGGCGAUCAGGUGUGUCCCUGGCAUGCUCACACACCACUGUAGCCCUCAAGUCUCAUUUUCUACGACUCGUCCCUCUUCACAGAGAACAAAAGCUACUUGAAACUCCUCCUGAGGCGAUUCUAUACUCCAGCUUCAAGGUUCAUCUUGUUUUCUCCGCAGCUCCAAACAAUUGACACAGUUACAAACUCACAAAGAGAUCAGUGUGCAUAUCUAGCGUGCCUACCGUACACCACAUUGCCACAACACAUGGAAAUCCCUCUUUGGCUUUCAGUGGACAAUUCACAAACACAGUGUAAUAAUAAUAAUAAAUGUGCGUAGAGGCUGCGUGGACAGGGCACAGCACAAAAAUACUUUUCUCUCCGCUUGCAAUAAUGAAGAACCAAUUCAGGGAAACACACUGAGCUCGGGUGUGUUUCUAGAGUUUAAUACAUUUUCAAACUCGUUUUUCUAUGACCUGAUCCAAGAAAAAGAGCAGCUCUUUGUGUUUGAUUUAAUUUUUUUUGACUACCAAACUACGUGUGUGUGUGUGUGAAUUCAGCGAGCGGAGGUUCACUGUAAAUGUUCAAGACACGAAUGCUUGAAGUUCAAAACACAAAUGACCACAGAGUUGCCUGUGUCACAUCAAUGUAAGCAUGUUGCAGUAAAUCUUUUUAUGGGCACUAACGUCGAGGCAGUUUGGAGAUCGAAAUGAAGAAAACUUACUUUCUCCUGCAUCUUCUGAAGGAACUGAUCUGAAUAAAACAACCGUUAAAGUAAAAGACUCUUCAAAGUAAAAAACUUAUAGAUGAGAUACUAGCACCUGCAGAGUAGUAAUCAGUAGCUCAUCAACCACACCAAUCGUUCUAACAAAUUAAAAUCAUUAUCAUCCCCAACCUGCCUCGACAUGAAUGUCCUUAUAUGUAUGUAACAUAUUUAAACUGCUGGAGAGAAACUUUGACCGUCCUCCACGACACCUUUUGGUUGCAUGCUUUAGGUCUUCCAUUAUCUUCUUGAACAAGUACAAUUUCCUAAAUAAAGCAUCAUCAGCACAGAGCAUCAUCUGAAUGAACACACAAGUUCAGCCUUCAAUAGCCUUAGCUUUAUUAGCCUUUAACCAUAUGAACCCAACGCAGUAGAAACCUGCUCCUCCACCUUCACAGAUGUAAAUGUAUCCAACCUUGAACUGCAUGAGUUAAACCAAUUAGUCAUUUUAGUUUUUUAACGAAUUCCAACAAGCGCUCAUGUACUGCAUGGAGACUGCACUUGACUAUGUUUUUUAAAGGGUCUCGAUCAGCUGUGUGUGUUAAUGUGUCGGGUUCAGCCCAAAACUGCGCACACACAGAUUUCCAGAUAGUUUAAGACCUAUUUUUCUAUAUCAAAGUCUUUAAUUUGCCAUUAUUUUUCUAUGUAACUGAUUUGCUCUUUAAAAAAAACCCUGAUGUGAGUUCAAGUGCUGAUGGGAAGACGAUGAAUGCAAUGCACAGCCUCUCGAUGUAGCAAGCCAGACUUCAGCAUGGACAGCUGGGCGCCGCGUCAUACUAACGUUUUGAUUUAGUUCGACUUGACGACUGAUGUGGCACAUUGAUUUUAGAACCAUUUCUAUAGUUUCCACUUCAACUUCUCCCUCUGAGUUCAUUCAACAGUUUGAAACAGGGGCACGGUGAAACCCCCGGCACCGGAACAGGUCCGGGCUUCAUUUUGUCGCUUCACUGCAAAACCUGCGCCUUCCUGAACCCUAGUGGAAAAAUAUAGGUCUGUCAGAGUGGAGAGAAUCAAAUAAAUGCUAGGAGCUAAUGGAGGGAACUGAGAGAAAGCUUUACUUUCACAGGACAACACAAAUGUCUGCAGCAGAACGCGGGGUCCUUUCUUUUUCUUUCUCGAGCACACAUGUAGAACAAAAGUUGCUAAAGUCAACACGUCCGGCACCUGAAGAUUCUUCUUCUGAACUUUCAUGGGAUUUGCAAACUAUUGCACAGAGAUUAGAAAAAAAAUUGUAAAUGCUGAACUGGGUAUAAAGGUCACUUUUUAAAUCUAGUGCUGUUCACAAUUGUUUUUAUGCAUUUUUUUAAAUGUUUGCCACUGUAUU